AUGGGAAUCGAACGCGCCAGAUUACACGAUUGCACAGAGUUGACCGAACGAGCUAGCUGUCUGUUCGAACUCGUUUUUCACGGAAAUACGGCUCCAUCCGAGUGCACGGCUGCAAAAAACACCGAUGGUCUCCUUCCUCUGAUUGCCAGACAUAUCCUGACGGAUUUGGCCUUACCGUUCGUGUGUACCAAGUUUGAAGCUGUCUCAAAUGCCGAGUCUUCAAUCUAUGGUAUAAGAAAACGUAAUCUUGGUCAUCAUUAUUUUCUUUUUCUCACUGAAAUCGCAUGCCUUUCCCUUUCUUCCAUCCCACCCCGGACACACCUGAUGCGUGUGUAUUACAUAAACGGGAUUAAUUGGACUCAGAACUUGAAUCUGGAACUGGUUCAUUUCUUGUCCAGUAGUGUGCAAGAAGAGGUGUUGGAAUCCGUGGGGACCGGUGGAGCUUCGGAAGCGACUGUGACCAACUGGUUACCCGAAUGUAUUCGCGAGUUUCGGACAUGUUUGAACAGUUUGCCUUUGAGUGAUCUUCCCACAGAGAUCAGUGAUGUAUUCUCACGUCUGGCACACGAUCUUCGACGACACGCGGUUCGUGCUAUCGAGGCACUGCAAUUGAAGGAGACUUGGGAGGCGGAUGUGAACGAUAUAGAAGGCGGUACGACAAAAACGCCGAUAGCUUACGAGGAGAUCAUGUUGGAUGCGUUGGAUCAAUGUCAAGAGCACGUGUCAUGUCACGCGUCAAUUGAAAAACCGCUUUUUGAUUCUGCCGAACUGCAAGAACGAUUCCCGGACUGGUGCGGUGAUGCAAUGGUCGCGUUUAUUUCCACUUUGCGCCGCUUGGCCGAUCAAAUUGAAUCCACCAUCCCAAGUCGGACAGGUGAGGAUGAUACGGACACAGCUAGGCCGUCUUGGAUGGGCGGCGAUAUGAGCACCAUACGACAAUCCGCCCAAUCCCACAUUGUAUCUCAGGCCCGAGGGCUACUGUUAGUUCUAAACAAUGCUGAGUGGGCUGGCUCACGUGCCAAUUUGCGUCUGCUCACUGCAUAUCGGGCUUUGAAAUACGCCUCGCCCGAACACUUGCAAACCCGACUGGCUGACUCAUGGAUCAAGGCAAGUCAGGAUCUGGGUUCCCGGUACAUUCGUCUGCGUACCACAUGGAUUUGUGCUCCGAUCAAACCGCAACUGACCGAAUUCGUCACCACUUGUCCGAUCAUUUCGAAUACUCACGUGACCAGUAAUGAAUUCAUUUUUGACCGUCUCCGCUCUCUGGACGGCGAAUUCCGAUUCAUCAAAGAUGAUGCGGAUAGCGUUGGGUGA